AGCACCUCAACCAAAAUGCCGCGUUCGCAUUUCACUCGAAAGCAUUGUCUAGCAAUGACGGGCGGCUUAAUUGCGUUUGCUGUGCUGAUCUUGUGUUUUACACACUCCACGAUCAUCUCCGGCAAGAUCACCGAUCCCGGCACCGACGAGUCUACGCUUGAGCUGCUGCAUGUGGUCUUUCGCCAUGGACCACGCACACCGGCGGACACAUAUCCCCUGGAUCCCCAUGUAAACGAAACCUACUAUCCAUUUGGCUGGGGACAAGUAACAAAUAAUGGCAAACGCGAGCUGUUCAACAUUGGAAGCUGGCUGCGUAAGCGUUAUGGCAAAUUCCUGGCACCCUACUACAGUCCCGAUUUGGUGCACGCACAGGCGACGGGCGUGCCACGCACACACAUGACCAUGCAAACGGUGCUGGCCAGCUUCUUCCCACCCAAGGGCACGGCCAUGGAGUGGAACAGCAAGUACAAUUGGCAGCCCAUUCCGGUGUUCUCGCAGGAGCUAAAUGAGGAUACGCUGCUGCUUGUGCGCACGCCUUGCCCGCGCUACUUCGAGGCGCUGCAUGAGGUAUACGAACUGCCCGAGGUCAAAAAGGAAAUAGAGCCGUAUCUGGAUAUGUUUAAGGAGCUGGCAGCACACACUGGCCUCAGUUUCAAUGAGCCAGAAGAUGUGCAAUCGCUGUAUCUCACAUUGCUGGCGGAGCAGGAAUGGGGUCUGGACUUGCCCGAGUGGACGAAGCAAUAUUUUCCCGAGAAAAUGCAGUUUCUAACCGAGCAGAGCUAUGUGUACAAUGUGUAUACGCCCGAGAUGCAGAAGAUCAAGGCGGGUCCAUUCCUCAGCAAGAUGUUCAACGAGAUGCAGCAGAAGCGCAACGAAACGCUGAAGCCCGACAAGCGCAAGCUGUUUAUUUAUACGGGCCACGACUCGACUGUGGUGAAUGUGCUGUCUGCGCUGAAGAUCUGGGAGCGUCAGCUGCCACGCUACUCGGUCAUGGCGCUGUUUGAGCUGCACAAGAACAAAGAGACCGGUGAUUACUGGGUGGAGAUUUAUUUCCGCAAUAAUUCCAAGGCGCCGGCACAAAAGCUGACCGUGCCCGGCUGUGAGUUCCAGUGUCCAUUGGAUAAGCUGCUCGAGCUGGUCAAAGAUGUGGUGCCCACCGAGGCGGAUGCCAAGCGCUGCGAUGCUCAAAACGAGCAAUUCACAGAGCCGCCACUGCGUGGCCCAUAGAGCGGCUAAGCUGGAAGUCGGCCAGUUUCCUUUGGAAUCGAACGCGCGCUGCUAUAACUCAGGGAGCUUAAAGUUAGUUAAGUCAACAUUUUAGUUGUAAGUCAAACAGUUUAUACUUAUUAUUAAAGAUCGAGUCGGAAUUGUCA